UCGGUUAGAAACUUAGAGUAAUUUUUAAAAAUACUUUGGAUCCGACCCGGAGUACUCUCCAAGCCACUGCUUUUAUUCCAAAAACAUAAACUCGCACAACCCUUCGCUUCUGUGCAAUUCAACACACUCAGAAUCAUCUUCAUCACACACACAAUCACAAGCAGCAAUGUCGAUUUUCGAGUACAAUGGAAGUGCUUUAGUGGCUAUGGUUGGCAAGAACUGCUUCGCGAUUGCUAGCGAUCGGCGUCUCGGUGUGCAGUUGCAGACUAUCGCUACUGAUUUUCAGAGGAUUUUUAAGAUUCAUGAUAAGCUGUUUCUCGGCCUCUCCGGCCUCGGUUCCGAUACACAGACUUUACAUCAACGGCUUGUAUUUCGUCACAAGUUGUAUCAACUUCGAGAGGAGAGAGAUAUGAAGCCUGAAACUUUUGCUAGCCUCGUCUCUGCCGUUCUUUAUGAGAAAAGGUUUGGUCCAUAUUUUUGCCAACCUGUGAUUGCUGGAUUGGGGGAUGAUGACAAGCCCUUCAUCUGCACAAUGGAUUCUAUUGGAGCCAAAGAGCUGGCAAAGGAUUUUGUUGUUGCAGGUACUGCCUCAGAAUCCCUUUACGGAGCUUGUGAGUCCAUGUUUAAGCCCGACAUGGAAGCCGACGAAUUAUUCGAGACAAUCUCUCAAGCACUGCUAUCAUCUGUGGAUCGUGAUUGUCUCAGUGGCUGGGGAGGCCAUGUAUACGUAGUGACACCAACAGAAGUAACUGAAAGGACAUUGAAGGGAAGGAUGGAUUGAGAUACUGGAAGGAAGAUUUACCCUGAACUUUACGCGUCAAGCUUUUCCUUUAGUACCAGUCGUAGCUUUUCUUUUGUAUCACAUUGGUGUAUUAUGUUAUUACGGGUUUUUACAACUUGAAAACAGGAUGAAUGAGCUUAGUCUUUACCAUCUAAUUUAUAGCUUGUUAUUAUACAACUCAUCUUCCCUUGUGAAGAGAUGGUAUAUAAAAGCUAUGAUAAUGGUGAAUGCCUUGCUUUUUAGUGAUACUAUGUGAGCACUCAACAGUGCAUAUUCUAUUGUCUUUAAGGCAUUAGUGACGUUUGCUGGUUAUCUACUUUACUAAUCAAGGAUGUUUCAUUGUGACCAA